GUGGAACUUUAGUUGUGUUAUAAAUGCGUUAGGUUUCGCACGCGAAUCGGUCGGCGGUUGGCUGCUUAUUGGCCACUUCAGAGAUAUUUGUUUUCUUGAGUUAAGUUCGGAAACGGAUUUUGAAACCGAGAAGAUUACAAUCGAACGUUAUUAACGUUAUGUGCUGAUUUAAAUGUUAAUUCAAUAACAAAACGCGCUUUACUCUUGGCCACACAGUAAAUAAUUUCGAUUGGUUCGUGUGUUCGUCUCAGAUUUUCAAAGGUUUAAUAACCCCGGAUAUGUGAUUUUUGGCGAAACACUCAUUUCAGUAUCUGUAAUUAAUAAACUUUAUCGGUGAAGUUCUCAACGAAGUUGCAUUUCUAAACAGACAGCCACACACAAACGCACAAAAAUGGCUGUUGAUUUCGUACUGGAAGAUUUAAUGGGCAAAUUAGGGGAAUUCGGACGCUAUCAGGCAUUCCAAUUCUUCUUGCAAGUCUUGUCCGCUCUUACGGCUGGUCUUCACAUGCUCUCACUUGUUACCGUACAAGCUGUGCCCGAACAUCGAUGCUUCAUUGAAGGUGUAGACAAUUCCAGCUUUUCUUAUGUCCCAUGGAAUUCAUCAGACAUUUUGGCAGCUAUUCCUUUGAAGGACAACGGCGAAUUGGAUUCAUGUCACAUGUACGAUAGCCAGAACAACACUGUAUCGUGCGAUUCGUACGUUUACGAUCAGACCUACUACGAGACGUCGCGGGCAAUCGAUUGGAAUUUCGUCUGUGAACGUCGUUGGAUGGGUAGCAUAGUUCAGACGGUUUUCAUGUUGGGCGUUUUCACCGGGGCCGUUACGCUCGGCGGCUUGGCCGACAAGGUCGGUCGCAAAACGGUGUUCUGCUGGUCAGCCCUGUUGCAGCUGAUCAUCGGCGUUUCGGUUGCAUUCAUUCCCGAAUAUUUCUCAUUUAUGGUGGCACGUUUUCUUUUGGGCAUUUUCGGCUCGGCUGGAGCCUAUAUUUGCGGCUUUGUGCUGACAAUGGAAUUGGUGGGACCGAGUAAACGAACUGCCUGUGGCAUAGCCUUCCAGGCCGUCUUUGCAGCUGGUAUAAUGUUGGUUGCUGGAUGGGGUGCCUUGAUUAAGGACAGACAGUUUCUACAAGUUGUGUAUGGCCUUCAUGGUGUGCUCUUCCUGGCCCAUUGGUGGCUUUUGGACGAAUCUCCCCGUUGGCUGUGGAUGCAAGGUCGUGCCGGAGAAGCGGUGGAUAUUGUGGCCAAGGGUCUAAGAAUGAAUGGAUCUGGCAUUCCCGUCGACAAAGAAUACUAUGUACAAAAAUCAAAGGCCCAACAAGCAACAGAGGAAAAGUCCAGUGCUGGUCUAAGUGAUCUCUUCAAGACACCAAACUUGCGCAUCAAAACUUUGAAUGUUUGUCUCUGCUGGUUCGCCAACUCCCUCGUCUACUACGGUCUGUCGUUGAGUGCUGGCAAACUGUAUGGAAAUCCAUUUUUGAUAUUGUUCAUAAUGGGCCUGGUCGAAUUCCCCAGUUACUUUACCAUUGUUAUGGUACUCGAUCGAUUGGGCAGGAGACCGAUUACAAGCACCUUGAUGAUUGGCGGAGGUAUAUGUUGUAUUGUGGCAGCUUACAUUGCCCAAGGUAGCACCACAUCCACAGCCAUUGUUAUGGUAGGAAAACUCCUGAUUGCUGGAUCCUUUGCUGUCAUCUACAAUUACUCGGCGGAACUCUUCCCAACGGUUGUGCGCAAUUCUGCCAUGGGCUUGGGUUCCAUGUGUGCUCGUCUGUCCGGCGCUCUUACUCCGCUUAUAACACUGCUCGAUUCCUUUGAUCCAAAGAUACCUGCUGUUCUAUUCGGCGUGAUAGCACUUAUUUCUGGGGUGUGGGUAAUGUUCUUGCCGGAGACCAUGAACAAACCUAUGCCCGAGUCCAUAGAAGAUGGUGAAAACUUUGGACGAGGCGACACCUGGUUUAGUCAGUGUGCUGGCAGAAAGCCCAACAGGGAUAGAAUUUACCAAGAUGAUCCGGAACAAAUGGUGCCCCUUAAGACCAUUGAGAAGAAGUAAAAAGGUAUCUAUCAAACACGCAUAUCACUCAGAAACUCAAAUGGCUGCCCUAGACCGAGCGUUUUUUUUUUAGUUUUGGACAUUCCAAUACAUUCCUGUUCUUGUUUUUUUUUAGUUCUUUGUUACAUAAAUAUGUAAGCAUUCAUUGUAAAUUGUAUUGUUACAGACUUGUUUUUUAUUGGUCAAAUAUUUUAUACAAAGUUCGAACUAAUAUUUACGGUCUACUCUAAUUAGAUAAUAAUAAAUUGAUAUUUGGAUGAAAUAAA